AUGGACUACAAUUUGAAACCGAGAACUUCCCAAUCGUCGGGGCAACUGUUUAUUGAAACCGACGUCCCGGGGAUGCUGGCGGCGUACAGCUUGGCCGUACAUCACUACGGAAGCGUGCUCGUUCCAACAGUAAAACUGAUCAAGCGCGACGUCGCCACAGUGCUAAAACUGGAAAAAGAACUCGCCACCCAACGUGUGCUCCACCGGCUGAGAGCGGUCGUCCCCCAGACGAAAGCGGUUCAAAGCAACAUCCCUCCUCGAUCUGCCAAGUGCCAGCAAUGCCACCGAUCACGGUGUUGGUUUCGUUCGCAUCGAAUCUGUGUCUUGUGUGGCGAGGUACGGUAG